AUGGGGGAAGGAGGAGGAGGAGAAGGAGGUCAGGCCAGUAUAAUCUCAGAAGUACCUCAGGAAGGAAGACUGACAGAACAUGAUUUCACUACAAAUGUUGAUAUUAGGAAUUUGAAACAAAGAAAUUGGGGAUUAUUAAUCCCUGGGAUAAUUGGUGGGACACUAGUAGCUGUGUAUGCAGUUGCUACUCCUUUUUUAACUCCAGCCCUCCGGAAGAUUUGUUUGCCUUUUGUACCUGCAACUUCACAUCAGAUUGAAAAUGUUCUGAAGAUGUUACGAUGUAGAAGUGGAACCCUGGUAGACAUCGGUAGUGGUGAUGGACGUGUUGUUAUUGCAGCUGCAAAAGAAGGAUUCAGAGCUGUUGGUUAUGAGUUAAAUCCAUGGCUAGUUUGGUAUUCUAGGUAUUGUGCCUGGAGAGAAGGAGUCCAUGAUGCUGCAAAGUUUUAUGUUUCAGAUUUGUGGAAGAUGCCACAGUUGGAGAAGAAACUUCAGCUAGAAUUGGAAGAUGAUGCCCGAGUCAUUGCUUGUCGAUUUCCUUUUCCACAUUGGAUCCCAGAUCAUAUUACGGGAGAGGGGAUAGAUACUGUCUGGGCAUAUGAUACUAAGACUUUUAGAGAAAGGAAAAAGAGCUGCCUAAAACCUUUGUCAAAUAUGCAUUCAUAGAAAGUCAUCCAAAUGAAAGCUUUGUUGAAAGGAUAAUUUAUUAUUAUUUUGAGUAUAAAGAACAUUUACCGAUAGUGCUUUUGUAGUUUACUUACAAAACUGUACCUUAAAAUUUCAUGUUUUUUAAUUAGGAAAAUGCCCUGUGAUAUGGAUU